UUCCCGACGGGCCUUCCCCUCAGGACGGAGGAUGGCGGCGGCGGCGGCGGCCCCGACCCAUCUGGAAGCCGAGCUCUACUACCUGAUCGCCCGCUUCCUCCAGUCGGGACCUUGCAAGAAAUCCGCCCAGGUGCUGGUGGAGGAGCUCGAAGAACACCGGUUGAUCCCACGACGCCUGGAUUGGCAGGGCAAGGAGCACCGAAGAAGCUUUGAGGAUCUGGUGGCAGCCAAUGCUCACAUCCCUCCAAAUUACCUUCUCAAAAUCUGUGAACGGAUCGGACCCCUGUUGGACAAGGAGAUCCCACAGAGCGUACUUGGGGUGCAGACGCUGCUGGGAGUGGGCCGGCAAUCCUUGCUAAGAGCGGCCAAAGACUGCAGGCACACGUCAUGGAAGGGAUCGGCGUUUGCAGCGCUUCACAGAGGCAGGCCGCCCGAACUACCUGCGAACUAUGGGAAACCACCAAAUGUGGUAAAUAUAAUCUGCGCCAGACAGUCAACAGGAUAUGGACGUUUCAGCCAUUUGUUCCCAUCAUCCUUCUAUCAGCACAUCAAGAUGCACAAAAGGAUUCUGGGGCAUUUAUCAUCUGUGUAUUGUGUAGCAUUUGAUCGCAGCGGGAGAAGAAUUUUCACGGGUUCAGAUGAUUGCUUGGUGAAAAUUUGGGCUACAGAUAAUGGACGUUUGCUCUCAACGCUCCGAGGACAUUCAGCUGAAAUCUCUGACAUGGCUGUCAGUUAUGAAAACACCCUCCUUGCUGCAGGCAGCUGUGACAAGGUAGUCAGAGUCUGGUGCCUUCGAACCUGUGCACCAGUUGCAGUGCUACUGGGCCACUCAGCUUCCAUUACUUCCAUACAGUUUUCUCCAGCAAGAAAAGGAACAACUCGAUACCUCACUUCUACUGGUGCUGAUGGAGCUAUCUGCUUCUGGCAGUGGCAUUUAAACACAAUGAAAUUUAAAGAUCGGCCAGUCAAAUUUGCUGAGAGGUCCAGGCCUGGUGUUCAGAUAUCUUGUUCAUCUUUCAGCUCUGGUGGUAUGUUUAUAGCAACAGGGAGUACUGACCAUGUGAUAAGAAUAUAUUAUUUGGGCUCUGAAUCUCCAGAGAAAAUUGCUGAAUUAGAAUCUCAUACGGACAAAGUAGUCGCUGUUCAGUUCUGCAACAAUGGAGAUAGAUUAAGGUUUGUCAGCGGAAGCAGAGAUGGAACAGCCAGAGUAUGGCAAUAUCAGCAGCAAGAGUGGAAGAAUAUAGUGUUGGAUAUGUCUACCAAGAUGACUGGGAACAGCCUCCUGUCUGGGGAGGACAAGGUAUCUAAGCUGAAGGUGACCAUGGUAGCUUGGGAUCGAUACGAUACCACCGUUAUCACAGCAGUCAACAACUUCCUUCUGAAAGUGUGGAACUCUUCUACCGGGCAGCUUCUUCACAGUUUAUCUGGCCAUGAUGACGAAGUGUUUGUUUUGGAAGCUCACCCAUUUGACCAAAGGAUCAUGCUUUCUGCAGGCCACGAUGGGAACAUUUUCAUUUGGGACCUUGAGAAAGGAACAAAAAUUCGCAAUUACUUCAACAUGAUCGAGGGCCAAGGCCACGGUGCAGUGUUUGAUUGCAAAUUCUCCCCAGACGGUCAGCAUUUUGCCUGUACCGAUUCACACGGACAUCUCCUACUGUUUGGCUUCGGGUGCAAUAAAUAUUACGAAAAGAUUCCAGAUCAGAUGUUCUUCCACACAGAUUAUCGCCCCCUGAUCCGCGAUGCUAAUAACUAUGUACUAGAUGAACAAACUCAGCAGGCCCCACAUCUUAUGCCUCCCCCCUUCUUGGUAGAUGUGGAUGGAAAUCCUCACCCCACGAGAUACCAACGGCUGGUGCCAGGGCGGGAAAACUGUAAAGAUGAACAACUGAUUCCUCAACUGGGAUAUGUGGCAAACGGUGAUGGUGAGGUUGUGGAGCAAGUGAUUGGGCAGCAAACUAAUGACCAAGAGGAGAGCAUCCUUGAUGGGAUCAUUAGGGAACUACAACGAGAGCAAGAUCUGAGAAGGCGUAACGGAGGCGAAGCUCCUCCAAACCCUCCACAAAGCAGAUUACAGUCUGUUAACACUUUGAGAAGUCCAAGUUUGGAUCUAGCUUCCCCUCCGAACGUUGGGCUCAGACGGAGCGGUCAGAUUGAAGGUGUCCGGCAAAUGCAUCACAACGCUCCCAGAAGUCAGAUGGCCACGGAGAGAGAUCUCAUGGCGUGGAGUAGGAGAGUGGUAGUGAAUGAGCUGCAUCCUGGGGUUAGCAGAGUUCAGGAAGAAUGCCGAGCUGCCAAAGGUGACUUAGAAAUCCAUCUGUAUACCCUUGAAAAGAAGAGAAAGCCUUCCCACAUUUUGCAACGGAGCGACUAUCAACCCGGCAGCGGGCGAGCUUUACGAAGGAACCAGCGCAAGCGGCAACACGCUUACCAAACGCGUUCCACCAUUGAACAUAAUGCGCAAGGUGCAAGGAGAAGUUCACAUACCCAGGAAGAUUCUGAAAGCUCUUCUGAGCUGCACACUGGGUGGACACUUUCAGCGAGCCAAACACCACAACCCCAAGACCUCUUUAUUGGUUGGUCACGACUAGCUCAAAUCCCAGAAUUGCAACUAGAUAAUGAAGAUGACACAGCCGGCACAAGUGAUGCAUCUGUGGAUGACAACGUGGCGGCGUGGCAAAGUGAAAGCAGCUCCAGUGAUUCAUCCAGUGAAUAUUCCGACUGGACUGCAGAUGCCGGGAUAAACCUCCAGCCCCCCAAAAGACAAACAAGACAGGCGACGCGCAAAAUUUGUAGCAGCUCCGAUGAUGAACAUGAAAAAGACACAAAGGGACAGGAAGAAAAACGCAAGAAACCCAAACAAACACGAAAAAAGAAACCCAGUGGAAUGCUUUCAAUGGACGGUGAACCCACUGAGGAAUGGUUUGCUCCCCACUGGAUAUUGGAUACCAUACCGCGGCGUUCCCCCUUUGUCCCACAAAUGGGGGAUGAGAUAAUCUAUUUCAGGCAAGGACACGAAGCUUACGUGCGUGCAGUUAGGAAGGCAAAAAUUUACAGUGUUAACCUGCAAAAGCAACCAUGGAAUAAAAUGGAACUCAGGGAACAAGAGUUUGUGAAGAUUGUGGGAAUUAAGUAUGAAGUUGGACCACCUACGCUUUGCUGCUUGAAGCUGGCCUUCCUUGAUCCCAUCUCAGGCAAAAUGACCGGUGAAUCAUUUUCCAUAAAGUACCAUGACAUGCCUGAUGUUAUUGAUUUCCUUGUGCUGCACCAGUUUUACAAUGAAGCCAAAGAAAGGAAUUGGCAGAUUGGGGACAGGUUUCGCAGCAUAAUAGAUGAUGCGUGGUGGUUUGGAACCGUGGAAAGCCAGCAGCCCUUCCAGUCUGAAUAUCCUGAUAGUUCUUUCCAGUGCUACAGUGUUCACUGGGACAAUAACGAAAGAGAAAAGAUGAGCCCCUGGGACAUGGAGCCGAUUCCAGAAGGAACUGCUUAUCCAGAAGAAGUUGGGGCCGGAGUCCCUGUGACGACAGAGGAGCUGGCGUCUCUGCUGUACAAGCCGCAGGAAGGCGAAUGGGGGUCCCAUUCCCGAGACGAAGAAUGUGUGCGAGUCCUCCGAGGGAUCGAUCAGCUUCUUUCCCUAGAUAUCUCCAACCCCUUUGCUGUCCCAGUGGACCUUAGUGCCUAUCCUCUGUAUUGCACUGUUGUUGCUUACCCAACUGACCUCACCACAAUAAGGAGAAGACUUGAAAACAGAUUUUACAGGAGAAUAUCGGCACUAAUGUGGGAAGUGCGAUACAUCGAACAUAACGCCAGGACUUUCAAUGAGCCCGAUAGUCCUAUAGUUAAAGCAGCCAAAAUUGUAACAGAUGUCUUACUUCACUACAUUGGGGAUCAGAGUUGUACAGAUAUUCUGGAGAUCUAUAACAAAGUGAAAGCAGAAGACUUGAGCAGCACAGAUGAAGAGGAGGAGGUGGCAGAAACGUGCGCAGAUUCAGAUGGUCCAGGAACCUCAUCUGGGAAAAAAACUGUAAAGCGACAGAUAAAAAGGCAGCCUUCGAAACCACGUGCGAAUGCCUGGAAUGAACAAUGCAAGCAGUUAUUAAGCCUGAUUUAUGAGCGUGAAGACUCUGAGCCAUUCCGACAACCCGUUGAUCUCUUUUCUUACCCUGAUUAUCGAGACAUCGUAGACACUCCCAUGGACUUCAGUACUGUGAAAGAAACUUUGGAAGCGGGCAAUUACACAAACCCCCUCGAAUUCUACAAAGACGUCCGCUUGAUAUUCUGCAACUCUAAAGCGUACACUCCCAAUAAGAAAUCAAGGAUCUACAGCAUGACACUCCGAUUAUCUGCCUUAUUUGAAAAUCACAUCAAAACCAUCAUUUCCGAGUACAAGUCGGCAGGGCAAUGUCAGAAGAGGCGAAGACCACGGUUACGGUACCGAAAGCAACUCCGAAGUAGCAGCAGUUCCUCCUGCAGUAGCAGGGCACCCAGCCCCAAAGGAAAACAAAAACAACUGAAGAUGCAGCCUAAAACAAACCCGAAUACCUCACUGCCUUUAACUAGGACUAAUUCUUCAGUUUCAUCUCAUGUUUCAGAUACUACGGAGGAACCGCCCAGCUCAGCUGCUGCUGAAGAGAUGGAAAGUCAUCCGUCCUCAUCUGGUUCAAACGUCCCGAAUCAGAGUGGAAAUGAUGCUGAACCAGGGAAAAAUAGGCCAAUCAGAAAUAAAUCGACACCAGUUAAACAAGAUCAGCCUUCCGAUAAACCUCUGACAAAUGGCGACGGGCGAGAGCCCCGGGCGGCAGUCAAGCGAAAGCUGCCGAGUGCAUCAGAAGAGGACGAACACACCGGCAAAGAGAAGAAGAGAGAACAAAAAGAAAAACCCAGUUUAUCGUCCUCAGAAAGUGGGGACUCGCGCUCCAGCUCUGAAAGCAGAUGCGGCUCUGAUUCUGACUCUGAGACGAGCUCUAGGACAGACCAGGACUACGUAGACGGAGACCACGAUUACAGCAAAUCUGUGCAAGUGAAACCGAAAAGGAAAAUUCGGAGGAACAUCUCCAACGGGCAGAGAAACUGGCAGGGUAGAGGGACGGGGAGGAGAGGGAGAUGGGGCCGGUGGGGUCGGUGGAGCAGAGGGGGACGAGGCGGCCGAGGAGGAAGAGGCUGUGGCAGAGGCAGAAGAGGAGGCCGGGGAGGCAGAAGAGGUCGAGGGAGAGGAGCCUCCAGGGGGGCUUCCAGAGCCAAGCGCCCACGGACGGCCGACGACGAAUUUGAGAAUCUUUUCGGCGGACGCUUCAGCGAGAACACGUUUGGUGGGAGGUUCAGUAGGCCACCACGGAUCAAAACUAGGAAUGAGGGCAGGCGGACCGUUUUGUAUAAUGACGAUUCAGACAACGACACUUUUGUGCACACGGAGGAUCCCCUGAAUCUUGGCACUUCCAGGUCAGGCAGGGUACGGAAAAUGACAGAAAAAGCCAGGGUCAGCCACCUCAUGGGGUGGAAUUACUGACACAGGGGGAACGAAGUGACGCAACUGAACAAUGGUGUGAGGACUUCAAAGGCUUUCUACUGCAGGGAUUUUUGCCAGAAAAUCUACUAAGCAAAUGGUGGGUGGGGUGGGGUGGGGUGGGGGGACUCCGCUCACCUUUUUCUGUGGUGCUUUUCCAUUUUGCCCAUAUGUUUUUUUGUGUGUGCGUGUUUGAAGACUUCUUAUAGCCACAUGGUUUUUGGCCAAAAGAAGCCUUACCUGCUGCAGAAAUGCUUCCCCACACUACACUUUGAGUUUUGUCACAAGCUUGUGGCAUUUGAAUCAUGUUUAUGAAGGUCUCUCCUUGUCGGUUUUGUUUUUGUGUGUGUGUGUGUGCGUGCGUGCGCGCGUGCAUUAUAGAAACAGCACCUUCUUACAGAGUUUUUAAAACAUUUUCUGCCAUGAAUUCCUUACAUGCCGUAAUAACUUUUGCACAAUACACCGAUCCUAAAGGCAGCUAUAAAAUGUUUACAGUUUCUCUAUUGUGCACAGGAUCUGGAUUAUUCUAAUCUUCCCAGGCCAAACUUUCAUGAAUUUGUGAUGAACUGAAGUGUGUUCAUAUUUGGGUAUCUUGAUAUGCUUUUCCCAUUGGUUUUGAACUCAUGCUUUAAGAGAGAGAGAGAGAGAGAGAGAGAGAGAGAGAGAGAGAGGGUUGGUGCCUUGUAAAUAUGUAGCAAACCUUUGACAUGAAAUGUCCAACACAUGUAUUAACAUUAUUAUAACAAGAAUACUUGAGAACUAUUAAUAUCUAGACACACAGGUGCCAAAAGCAAAAGUUGACUUGCAUCUAUUUUAUUUCUGCUGCCCUCCUAUUUUUAUUGCAUUAAUCAAAAUUGCCACUAAGAUGUUAACAUCAGUGUUGAAAUGAUUGCUCCUUCCCAGACACAUAUAUUUUUUUUCCUAGUAGCUUAGCUACCUCCAGACUUGCAAAUAAUAGAAACUUUACACAGAGAACUCACUUUGUUUUCCUUCAGCAGUGGGGCUGCAGUAGGUUAGUUGGAGCAAGUCACUCAGUCAGCUACAAAAUAACUGUUAAUUGGCCUCCAACCUGACAAUCGUGCCCAAUAUAUUUUUCACAGAUUUGAUGGUUCAGAUAGUCAGUUGAACGUGCACAUACUUUCCCCACCACGAUAAACGAUGUGUCCGUUUUUAAUUCGACCCUUAAAACGUUGACAGAAUCUUUUUUGUGUGUUUGUUCAAACCGUUACACCCUUUCCAACGCUUGCAUCUUUUGUGUAUGGGCGCAUCUUAGCUGUAAAAUCUCAAGUCUCCAGAAAAUAAUUCAUGCACUCUCAUCCAGAGAUUGCUAAUGGACAUGAGAGCUCCAGUACGUCCCUGGAGUAUCCUCUUUGUAAGGGCUUCCCUGUUCGCUUCAGUGGAGAAACCCAGCUGGUUUGCUCUUACUUCUUCAUCCAGGCUAAGCAGCUUUUUCCAUUGACGUGAAGGCAAGGACAUCUGUACGUGGGCUUCUAGAUAGCACUCAUGGCAUGCGGCUUGAUAUUGAAAAGAUAACUUGCACAGGGCUCUUGUUAACAGUGUUUUAACAUUACGUCAUCAUAUAUCACAGUAUAAGGGAAAACUGGGGUUGAAAGCCUGUCUUUCAAGGCUUUAAUGGCACAUUAAUGUUUUGAAUUAUGCUCCCCCACCCCCGGCACCCUGAGAUGAAAGAGAGUUGCAUUUUCCAAUUUAUUUAUUUUUGUAAUUCACAAUAUCAGGCACUGUGUAGGAGACUUGAGAGAGUGGGGAAAAGAGGACCAGGAAGCCAAAAUAAAACAAAGGGUGAAAUGUCAUGCAGAUCCUUUUUUUUCCUUUUCUUUUUUGGUUCUAGUCUUAUGGACAAUGUUUUUACCAGGCGCGCUUAGUCAGUGUUGACAAACCUCCCAAAAAAAUGUCAGUAGGAUUAUUUGUAUGUUAUGUCUAACAAAAUAUAUACACAUAUAGACACACAAGUUGCUUUGGUAUGAACCUUCCAUAGCAAACAUGUGAAUAAACGCAUUUAAAACAGCAACACUCAAAUGGAGAGGCAUUUGCCAAAAUAUUAAGGAUCAUCAGGGCAAAAAUAAAAUAAUGACGUUAGUGAAUGAUAGAAUGUAGAGAACCUUCAAGUAUUCAUAUACAGCCUGUUUUAAAAUGUAAGUCCAAUAUCCCCAUCAGCAAUUCUUUCUGCCCAUGGAAUGGCUGAGGUAUGCCUUUCCCUGAAACUGCUCCCUUCUCUUUGAUCCUGUGUACAUGUGGAUCUGCUCCCUUUACUGAAAUUAAUGGGGCAGUCUGCAAGAGCCCUGUCUUUGCAUUUGAGACCAUACAGGGCUCUAACUCAGGAUAAACGAGUAAGGAGUCUUCCAGUUCAGUAUAGUGUUCCCGGUGUACAUGCCACGUGUGUAUUUAAAAGAGCAUCUUUUGUAUCCGUCUCCUUUCCCUCUACUAGAACAGCAUGGCUGUUUUAAUUCCAAUACAUAAUCCCACCGAAGGUACGCAUAACUACUAUGAGGACAAAUAGUGUUAUUUCAAUGAACUGAUAUCCAGGGCCAUAGAAGAUUUGUACAUCUUUUACUCUUGCUGAAGCUCUGGUCAAUAUUGUAUUCAGCAUGGGUAAAUUUCCCUUGGGGGAGAGAGACUGUUUUGUUUUUCCUUCCUAAAACAUAGAUGCACUUUUUAUUAAUGAUUAGAAUAUGGUUGAAAUACCUACAAUGUUAUAUCUUGCUUAGACUGAUUAUGUACUGUGCAGAUGACAGCCAAGCAAAAUUGUUUUGUUGGGAUCGAAGUAUUAAUUGGACUUGUGUUUUAUAAACUGACAAACUGCUAGGCAGCAAGGGUGCCACACAAAUGGAGUCGAUGGCUGGAUUCACACAACACGCUAAGCCCAUAGGGGUUAUUGUGUUGUCUAAACGCAGCUCUUUUUCCACAAGGUGAUUUAACGUGUUGUCCAAACACAGUGCAUUUUCCACAGGGUGGGUUAUCAUGCUGUCCGAAUGCCGUUUUCUGCAGGGUGGCCUGUUAACCGUGCCGUGUAGUUUAUUUUUCGCAAACAAGCCACCUUGAGAACCCAUGGCUUGUUGUUGGGUUGUUCAAGGUGGAUAGCAAGCUAUACUGCAUGGUUAACGAGCAACUCUGCAGACAACCCAGUAACCAAUACGCUGCGUUCAGACAACCCAGUAACCAAUGCUGCGGGGAAAGCACCUUAUUCAGAGCUGCGGUCCAACAACAACCCACACUGGUGGGUUAGAGUAUUGUGUGAACCCAGCCUUUGUCUAUUAUAAAGGAUCUGAGAGUUUCUUGUGCAUGGGAAUCCUUAGGUAUAUGAGAGAAGGAAUGUGAUGUACUUGAGUGUGGUUAUUUGGCUAGUGUUCAGUGAGGAUUCAUCCCUGUCCCUGUUUGUAUUGUUGCUGUUCAAGGGUAUCAGGUGUUUGUGGGUCAUCUUGGAAUGUGUGUAAUUUGAACCUUGUCUCCUUUCCAGUGUUAAGAUCCAAUAGACCAUGUGGCAAUUUUGGUCUGGAAGAAACAAAAGGGUUGAACAAAUAGGGGCCGUUCACUAGUAGACGGCUUUUGGGUCUCUCGAAUUUGGCCUUCCGAGGCUCUACUUUGGGGUGAAACAGUGUUGUUUUCCUUCCACCUUUUCCUGUUCCUUGCAGUAGCUGCUGGUGGUCCAGUACGUUCUGCCUCAUGGGCAUUCUGCAUGUACUCUUGCUGUGCACUGGCAUACUAGUGUGCUAGCCAACUCUGUGGCCCCAUUCAGAAGACACCUUAAACCACGGCUUUAACUACAGAGGUUAAGCCAGAAAGCCAGGUCGUAUUCAGAAGACACUUUAAACCAUGGCUUUAACCCUCGUCACCAUGGUUAAAGCCAUGAUU